AUGACGGAACAUGCAGAAUUGAACAUUGUUCCACCAUCAGCAAUUUCAAAUAAUUUUCCUCAUCAAAUAAGUGAAGGAAGAUUGUCUGUAACAUCUCCUCUUGUCGAUGGAGCAGUUGAAUUUACUGCCUUGGAUGAAAGUAAAAACCCAACAACAACUACAACAGCAAAUCAAAGAAUUUCUUCACCAAAAUCUCCUUCUUCCAUACAAGUAGUAUUCAAUGACCCAAAUAAUAAUAAUUUGAAUAAUAAUAGCCAGGACAAUAAUACUUCAACAACGUCAACAGGUUCUGAAUUGAACCCAAUCGGAAAUACAACGAUUGGAAAGAUUCUCGAUGAUGAAGAAUUCAAAAUAUUCUCUCACUUAUCAAAACUUGGUCGAGGAAAGCAUGAUGCUUCCGAUUCAUUUGCGGAGGAUACUCCGUUUUAUUCGUAUGAAGAAGGAUUCAAUUCAGCACUAAAUAAUAGUAGCAAUGAUCAUCACACUGUUGAUACAACCACCACCAUGGUAGAAGAACAGUUAGAUGCAAUCAAUACAACAACAACAAUAAUCAGUGGUUCUUCUCCCAGCUCAAAUUCAAUGAUCAGUUCAAAUAAUUCAACAACAUCCAGUGGUGAUCAUUUGACGACACAAAUUCAAAUAUUUUCGAAUACUAGUGAGGGAGAUUUAACUUCCAAUACCCCAAUUCAAAUUACGGUGGAUGUGGUGACAACAACUACAACAACAACCACUAAUAACAACAACAAUAGCGAGGAAGAACACACUACAUUUGUAUGGCAAGGAUCCUCUGUGACUACUACUACGGCUGAAAUUCAAUAUCAUCCAAACAACAUCAAAUCUAUUGUAAAUACAUCGGUUGUAACAUUUGAGGAAGAAGACGAAGAUGAACAACUGAACGCUCCUCCUGCAAUCAAACAAAUAAUUCCUAUUAACGGGCCCUUACGAGGAUCUACAGUUGGAAUUGUGCUUGAGGAACAAAUUCAAAUAGAUGAAGAACAUUUUCAUGAAAUUUCUCUGGGUGAAAUUCCGUCUCUUGGCAAGUCAGCGAAUCAAAUCUACGAAGAGAAUGAAGAAGCAGCUCAGUACUAUGAAUCCAUGUCAUGCUUCUCUUGCUUUGCUCAACCAAUAUCAUAUUUAUGGAACUCAAUCUUUGAAUCUAACCAAACUGAACUAACAUCAAAUGAAAAAGUGACCACCCACUCGGAAAAGAACUUGCACUCAAACAAUCAACCUCAAGAAGUGUAA